UUGUAUUAUUUUACUGAUAUAUUACUUUUGAAAAUGUAGCUUUAGGGUAUUUGUAACUGGUGAAAUACUCUACACUUGGUUUACUGGACACAGUUCUUGUCUCCUGAAGUAAUAGGCUAGUAAUAUAACUAUUAGUUUGUUUAUGAUGAUGGUCAGUUAAAGGUUUUCGUAUUCUUGAACACUCCCCCAACUGGAAAGGAAAAUAUUUGGAAAUUAUGUCUAAUACUAGAUUUUUUGUUUAUCUGCAUGUAAAUUUUUUGGUGUGUUUGUGUGCAUAUUAAAAUAUUUUGCAGAUUACUAUUUCACUGAAUGGAAUUAAGUCAAUUUUUGCUUUUCUGCAAACUCAAAAUAACUGUGCUACGAGCGCUAUGAGUCAGAAUUGACUCAUUGGCAACGAGUUUUUUUUUCUUUACAAGCACUUGCACUUCUGCGAUUGGCCACUAGAUGUCACGAGAGCCACAGGAGCAUUAAGAGUUACUCAGGGUGGGUAGAAAUUGAACAUUGUAAGCUCAUAGACUUUCACAUAUUUCACUGUUUCCACAUGAUCGAUGCCAGAAGAACCUGAUACAGUGUGAUAUAUAGAAGCAAGGUACAACUGGAAUAAUGAAAUUUCAAAAAUAAGCCUUUUUAAAGGAGGGUUGUAAUAGUUCUGUUGGGUAUUGUAAAUGCUUCAGGUGUACUUGAUACUGCUGCUGUGUUCCUGGCGUUUGGGUCUCUCUCCUCUUUAUGGAAAGAGGGAUUGAACUUCACUUUGAGAAUAUUCGGUAAUCCCUCUCAGGACAUGCUGUAACAGCUGGUAUUUUUGUGUUGUAGUAAAUCGAUUCCAUACAACAGUCAGUAAUAAUUAUGGCUGGAUUCUGACAAAUUCCAAAGCAUUUUUCAAUAAAUAUAGCCAAAGAAAAUAACAUCAUUACUGCAAAAAUUUAACUCAAUUUAAAAGUUAAGCCCAGCAACUCUGCUUUGUUCCACAAAAUAUUAAGUAUUUUACUGGUAAGGAUUUUUUCAAACCAUUUAUUUUUUGGUUAAUAUACUUGGAAUGGUUCUGAGAAGAUAACGACUUUGUAGUAUAUGCUUCUUAAAUAAUAUGGCUUUGAAAAAAAACUGAACAUGGAGUGUUCAUUAUGAAUAGAAAAUGAGAAACCCUAAGGGCUUUCAUAUAUGGCAUAGAUGUACAGCAGCACUAUGGGAUCAAAAGGAUGCUUUGGUGUGGAAUGUAAGGCCUUCUUUAGUAUCUGUGGAAUCUGAAUGUACCCAAGUGUAUCAGAGUUUAAUUUUGUUUGAUAUAAGUGUAAGUUGCUGUAUUAUAUGGUAUAUGUGGUUUGUAAAAGCUAAAUAUCCUAAGUUCGUUAAGCCAUGAAGAAAGUGGUAGUUUGUGUGGUAUAGGUUAUAGGGUAUCUGUAUUGCUAUAGUUAGGCAGCUUGCACUGUACGAAUUAUGGUUUUCCUCAUGACAAAAAGAGCUUAAAUUACGUACAUACCUGUACACACCCAGUAAAUAUAUACCCACAUACAUACAUGUAUAGUGCCCUAAUGAUAAAAGUGUGUUUGCAUACGUGUGUGUGUGUAUGUUCAUACACUUUACAAAAUUUAGUCAUUUUUCUUUUUUCCCUCAGCAGCAAAAGUCUACUAAUGGAAUGUGUUCUCCUUUAAUUGUAAAAGGCUCAUAACGAUAUUUAAACCUCGGUGAACAACGUGGCUGCAAGCAGUUGAAGUGAAUUUCACUGCUGUGUUCUGGCUGGAGAGUCUGGAGUGAGGUGGACAGCGUGCAGCCUGAACCAUGCCAGCUUUAUCUACAGGAUCUGGGAGUGACACAGGUCUUUAUGAGCUGUUGGCUGCUCUGCCAGCCCAGCUGCAGCCACAUGUGGAUAGCCAGGAAGAUCUGACCUUCCUCUGGGAUAUGUUUGGUGAAAAAAGCCUGCAUUCACUGGUGAAGAUUCAUGAAAAACUGCACUACUACGAGAAGCAGAGCCCCGCCCCCGUCCUCCACGGUGCAGCGGCCUUGGCGGAUGAUCUGGCCGAAGAGCUUCAGAACAAGCCAUUAAAUAGUGAAAUCAAAGAGCUGUUGAAACUGCUGUCAAAACCCAACGUGAAGGCUUUGCUUUCUGUACAUGACACUGUGGCUCAGAAGAAUUAUGACCCUGUACUGCCUCCUAUGCCUGAUGUUAUUGAUGAUGAAGAAGACUCAGUAAAAAUAAUCCGUCUGGUCAAAAAUAGAGAACCACUGGGAGCUACCAUUAAGAAGGAUGAGCAGACUGGGGCCAUCAUUGUGGCUAGAAUCAUGAGAGGAGGAGCUGCAGAUAGAAGUGGUCUUAUUCACGUUGGUGAUGAACUUAGGGAAGUGAAUGGAAUCCCAGUAGAGGACAAAAGGCCUGAGGAAGUAAUACAGAUUUUGGCUCAGUCCCAGGGAGCAAUAACAUUUAAGAUUAUACCCAGCAUCAAAGAGGAGACCCCAUCUAAAGAAGCCAAGAUGUUUAUCAAAGCCCUCUUUGACUAUGAACCUAAUGAGGACAAAGCAAUCCCGUGUAAAGAAGCUGGACUUUCUUUCAAAAAAGGAGAUAUACUUCAGAUUAUGAGCCAAGAUGAUGCAACAUGGUGGCAGGCGAAGCAUGAAGGUGAUGCCAACCCCAGAGCAGGCUUGAUUCCCUCCAGGCAUUUCCAGGAAAGGAGAUUGGCUCUGAGACGACCAGAAAUAUUAAUUCAGCCCUUGAAAGUUUCCAACAGGAAAUCAUUUGGUUUUAGAAGAAGCUUCCGUCUUAGUAGAAAAGAUAAGAAAACAAAUAAAUCCAUGUAUGAAUGCAAGAAGAGCGAUCAGUACGAUACAGCUGAUGUACCUACAUACGAGGAAGUGACCCCAUACCGGCGACAAACCAAUGAGAAAUACAGACUUGUUGUUUUGGUUGGCCCUAUAGGAGUAGGGUUGAACGAACUGAAACGAAAGCUGCUGAUCAGUGACACACAGCACUAUGGUGUGACAGUGCCACACACUACCAGAGCACGAAGAAGCCAGGAGAGUGAUGGUGUUGAGUAUAUUUUCAUUUCCAAGCAUUUGUUUGAGACAGAUGUACAAAAUAACAAGUUUAUUGAAUACGGUGAAUAUAAAAACAACUACUAUGGCACCAGUAUAGACUCAGUUCGGUCUGUGCUAGCUAAAAACAAAGUUUGCCUGUUGGAUGUUCAGCCUCAUACAGUAAAGCAUUUAAGGACACUAGAAUUUAAGCCUUUUGUGAUAUUUAUAAAGCCUCCAUCAAUAGAACGUUUGAGAGAGACAAGAAAAAACGCAAAGAUUAUUUCGAGCAGAGACGACCAAGGAGCCGCCAAACCCUUUACAGAAGAAGACUUUCAAGAAAUGAUUCAGUCUGCACAGAUAAUGGAAAGCCAAUAUGGUCAUCUUUUUGACAAGACUGUAGUAAAUGAUGAUCUCACCGUGGCCUUCAAUGAGCUAAAAACAACUUUUGACAGAUUAGAGACAGAUACCCAUUGGGUUCCAGUGAGCUGGCUGCAUUCGUAGCUAAGGAAAAUUUCCAUAAUCCACUUUUCUAUAGACUGCAUGAUUAGAAUAAAUUCAGUUACCAUUUUGGUGGUAGGGUUUUUUUAAUCUAUAUCAACUGUCAUAAAUGUACAAUCUUGGUAAAAUUGAAUGCCGGUUUUGUUUGUAUCUUUUUACAGCCUUAUAUCAAACAUAAUGUGUGAGUGUAAGAUUCAAAAUCAAAAUGUACACAGUACUGUAUUCUAAGCAAAGCUUUGAGCCAUCUGGUUGUCUCUACUAUAGCUCUAUCUCCGAGAUGAGUACUUUAAAGAGAAAUAACUAGAGACUAAGUAGGGAACGGAGUUCAGUGCUUCAGCUGCCUCUGAUGUGGUCACUGCCAUCAAGUUUGCAUGUUAGCAGUUGAGGGUUUUAAUAGCUCCAUACAGACAGGACAGCAUCACUUUUCCUGGCAAAGCUUCACAGAUUUAGUUGGGCUGGCCGUAAGAAGGGAUCCUCUUACUAAAAGUGUGAGCUUUUUCUUACGUAUGCAUAAUAUGUUCACAGUGUGUGCAUUUUAAAAUCUUUCUUAAAGAAAACUACUGAAAAUUGCCUUGAGUAAGUAGCCUUCACGUUAUGGCUUGAGCAGUCCUUAUGCGUAUAUUUCAGUGACUCAACAAAUAUUUAAUAAGGGAAGAUAGACUUAUAAAAACUAUGUAUGCAAUUUUAAAAACCUUUUCUUAUGAUGUUAAUAAGAAUGAAUAAGAAUGGUGAUAUCUUGGGGGUUAGUAAUGAUUACAAAGGUCAUUUUUAUUUGUAAAUCUCCAGAAUAUGUUUUUGGAAUCACCAAAAAGGUUUUUUUUUUUUUUUUCUUAGCUGCCUUUGGAUUUUCCCAAUAAAUUAUAAAAAUGUGAUUCAUAUCCUGAAAGUAAACAUUUUACACAUUACUGAUACAGUUAAAGAAAAUGUCAUUUUUUUAAAUAUAUGCAAUUGAUCACAUGCUACGAUGUAUUCUAGAAAGCUUUUCUUGUGUUGUUAUUUCUUUAUCAUUCAAAUGAUUCUGAACACUGGCCAGAUACCAUCCUAACCUUGCCAUUUGCAGAGAAGUUUCAGGAAAAAUCUUAUAUUGUAAAUAUUUAGAUGGGAUCUCUCAUUUUUCUCGAUACUGCUGAACUUCAGCAAGUGAAUUAUAUAGUUCAAAAUCCUAGAAAGGUCCGUAAGCUGUACAGGAGAGCAUGCCCUGCUGUUCCUGCAUGCAGAAGACCCUGCCAAUCAAAGAUCAUUGCAUCUGUGACUUUAAAAGAGAAAAAAUAUUAUUUUUUUGUUGAUUUGUAAAGAGAGUUUAGAUGUCAUGUUUAAAGAAAAAUAGUAUUUAGUGAAAUUUUAUGUAUUUAUGAACUACUCAAAAGGCAUAUUUUUUUAAUAAAUGGGGCUAUUCAUAAAAUAGAUUAUAUGUAAGGGUGUCAUAAUUUAAAAUAAUGGUUUUUUAAAUCAUGGUCAACAUUCCAUGUAAAUAUUUGACCUUGAUUUGUUCCCCGACCGACCCACAAGCGUGUUAAAUCUGCACUGCACAUUUGAUAGCAUUAUUCACUGGGUUGCCUUCAGGUGUCAAAUUAUGUAUUAGAAACAGAAAUGAAAAGCACCCCAGUGGCCUUGACAUACAUUCUCACCAUAAGAGUUAGAUAAUUAGACUAAAUGCUACUUAACAACAUAAUCCAAACAGUAAGUUCUAAGUUUAUUAAUUAAAUAGCAAGUAAUUUAGUUUAAAAGAGAGAGAAAAUAGGGUUGCCAGAUCUGAUACUCGAGUCAUACUUUAACAUUAUGUGGCUGGUCUAAAGCCCAAGUCUUAAGUACGUGAUUUAGGUAGAUUAUUUUCCUCUUUGAACAUUGACUAAAAUUUCUAUCAGUUAAGAUUUACUCUUCAAAUAAUAAUGGAAAAUGUAUAAUAAUUUAGGCAGUCCAAAUCCUUUGAUCUGAAAUACCAACAUUGAUUUUUUUUCUUCAUUUACAGAUAAUUGCCUCACCUCUUUACCGUAGAGGUAGAUGUAGCUUAAGGUGGUGGAAACUGGAUUCUUUUUGGUGGUGGUAAUGGGCGUGUUAUAAAAAUAUGACUUUUCAGACCUCUCUCUCUGUUUAGACCAGAGCUGACCAAUAUUUUUAAAAUAAUGAAAAGGGGCACUUUGGCAGUUGGAGAAAUCUGUUACCAGAUAGUACACACAGUUUAGGCAGUGAUGUGUACAUGGCCAUCUUGAUGCCAGAGAGGCUUGGUUAAAAUUUACUAAGGCCAGGCCAGUCCCAAGGCCUUGUUAGAAAUUGUAGCAAGAGGCCCUUGGUUCUGCAUUUUCUUCACCCCACUCACCCCUCUUCUGCAUAAACAAGGAAGUCGCAUUAUGUUCCUCACUAACAUGUUUUAGCAGCUUGCUCCCAAAAAUGUCAGCCAGCAUGUAAGAGAAGAGAAAUAUUUACUUUAAAUCCGUAUAUUUAAAAACCAAGACCAACAAGAAGAUUCUGUACUCCCAUUACUGAUAAAUUAGAGAUGGGUUAAAAAUGAAAAGGUGAAAUUGAAGUAUAUAACUUUUCCCAUGACUUUCUUUACCAAUAUGGAAGUUCUUGGUAUCUUGAGGCUGACACUCUGGUAUUGUUUAACGAUUGAAUGUAUCUAAAUUGUAAUAAUCUUAAAUUGACAACCAUGUAAUCUCAGAUUUACCAAACUACGUUGUAAAAAGCCUUCCCAAGAUACAGAUUUUUAUUAUUUAUUUCCUUUUUGACUAGUAAGAAUUUAUAAAUUAAUGGAAAACUUACGUUGUUAAUAAAGUAUCUUUAAAGUAUGCGUAUACUUAUGUGAAAAUUAUUUUUUGUACUUGGGUACUCUGUUAUACCGUUUCCCAUGGUAAAGCAGAUUCUUUACUAUGAUAUCAGGUGAUUUGUUUGCACUUGUCUAAAGUUCAUAUUUUUUCAGCCAGACAUUUCUUGAUUUCAGCAAGGUUGUUGGAAGAGUGGAGUUCACUAGUCUUACUCUUACAUAUACAGUGUAGACGUCCGAACAUGUGGAGACACAGAGUGCAGGCGUCUGAUCAUGUGGAAACAGAGUGCAGGCGUCUGGAUCAUGUGGACACACAGUGCAGGUGUGAACUUGUGGAGACACACAGUACGGGCAUCUGAUCAUGUGGAGACAGUGCAGGCUUGUGAACGUGUGGAGACAGUGCAGGCAUGUGAACAUGUGGACACACAGUGCCGGCAUAUGAACAUGUGGAAACAGAAUGCAGGCAUCUGAUCAUGUGGAGACACAGUGCAGAUGUGUGAACAUGUGGAAACACAGAAUGCUGGCAUCUGAUCAUGUGGAGACACACAGUACAGGCAUAUGAACAUGUGGAAACAGAACACAGGCAUCUGAUCAUGUGGAGACACAGUGCAGACAUGAACAUGUGGAGACACACAGUGCAGGCAUAUGAACAUGUGGAAACAGAACACAGGCAUCUGAUCAUGUGGAGACACAGUGCAGACAUAUGAACAUGUGGAGACACACAGUGCAGGCGCAUGAACAUGUGGAAACAACGCAGGCAUCUGAUUGUGUGGAGACACACAGUGCAGGCGUGUGUACAUGUGGAAACAGAAUGCAGGCAUCUGAUCACAUGGAGACACACAGUGCAGGCAUGUGAACGUGUGGAAACAGAACGCAGGCAUCUGAUCGUGUGGAGACACAGUGCAGGCAUGUGAACAUGUGGAAACAGAACGCAGGCAUCUGAUCAUGUGGAGACACAGUGCAGGCGUGUGAACAUGUGGAGACAGUGCAGGCAUGUGAGCAUGUGGAAACAGAAUGCAGGCAUCUGAUCGUGUGGAGACAGUGCAGGCGCGUGAACGUGUGAAGACAGUGCAGACUGUGAACGUGUGGAGACAGUGCAGGCAUGUGAACGUGUGGAGACACACAGUGCAGGUAUGUGAACGUGUGGAGACACAGUGGGAUGGGUGAUCCAAAGCCAUCCAUAAUAGAAACACCCCCUCCCCACCUUCUCCCCCCUAUUCUCCACUUCCCACCUACCCAGGGACAAUUACCCAAUAAACAAGGUAUGCACGGGCUUACUUGUGUUUACUUACUAAUCUGUAGUGCACGAUUUCACCUG